CUUCUUCUCACUUGCCCGUGCUCCAGCUACAGGUUCUUCAUCCUUCGCGCCUGCCACAGGAAGACAAGCAGUCGUCUGACAAGGAAUGGCCUCAUUCGCUCUGUCGAACCGUGAGGAGGACGCGCUGCUCAAGGAGACAAAGCAAGAAGCGCUCAAGAAGUGUGACGAUGUCGUCAAAGAUUUUGCUCAAUGCUCUUCGGGACGUACCGUUUCCGUGGCAUGGGCUUGUCGGGACCAGCACCGCAAGCUCCAGGAUUGCCUGAAACAGUAUACGGGGCCCGAGGCAAUGGAGGAGAAGAGGCGAGCGUACCUCAAGGAGCAUCGUCAGACGACAUGAUGUACUGUACUAAUACAUUAAUGAAUAGACCUAUCAAGGUAGCGUAACGACAAAUGGGUAUUCUGAUCAGCGUUGUGACCACAACUCAGAGGGUGGUCCUACUCCCACUCACAUGCAUGUUUGAGCGGUGGCUCAC